AUGAUUCGCCGUGGUGCUUUGACACAUGUAGCUUUAAGCUUAACGGCCUUCCUCCUCCUUGCCGCCGUUCGCAGCCAGGAGAAGUGCAGCAAAACCUGCAUUGCACAGAGCUGCAGCGGUCUCAGUAUUCGCUAUGGGAAGUAUUGUGGGAUAGGUUACUUUGGAUGUCCUGGAGAGCCUCCUUGUGAUGAUCUUGAUACUUGUUGUAUGAACCAUGACAAUUGUGUUACUAUAAAAGGUAUGACUUAUGUUAACUGCCACAAGCAGUUCCAGCGAUGCGUAAGCGAGCUAAAAAAGUCAGUCCAACAAUCUAACAACCAAAAGGUUGGAUUCUCCAAACAAUGCUCUUAUUCAACAGUGAUACCAACCGUGUACAAAGGAAUGGAUCUCGGUAUUUUCUUCAGUAAAAUAGGUAAUAUCAUUAAACCUAAGCCGCCAGCAAGGACUGCGACUGUCGUGGAGGUGGAUCUCGCUAGGAGUAAAGCGGACACAAAGGAUGGUCUUGGAACAAAUCAAGGCCUUCAAACAAAACAAGGCUCCAAAGUCUCAGUUCCUAUGAACCCUAAGCCUUCUUGAUCAUUAGCUUAUAGAAGGUUCAUCAAAUAGCAGUGGAUGGAUUGGUGAUGUCCUGUCCAUGCAUGUAUACUCUACAUAUUACUUUAGUUUCUAUUUUACUCUAGAUGUGAGAUUUUUUUUAACAAAUUUAUAUAAUACUUGUGUUAUUUAAGAAUUGCAACAAU